GUCGACGGGAUCCUGAAGAACCUGCCCAUCUCCCUGCAAGACGGCAAGAUCAAUAUCUACAAGAGCUGCCGGGGUGCCUCGCUGGAGGUGGACUUUGGGCUGCAUGUUAACUUUGAUUUCCGCAGCCGGAUCACGGUCACCGUCCCCGGCACCUACGCGGGAUCGGUUUGCGGGCUGUGCGGGAAUUUCGACGGCGAGCUGAGAGAUGAGAUGAUGCUGAGGGACGGCACGCCGACCGAUGACCCGGUGGAGUUUGGCCAGAGUUGGCAGGUGGCCAGCACCCCUGGCUGUGCCCACGAGUGCCGGGGACGGUGCCCCAAGUGUGACAUUGUGGCGGCGAGGAGGUACGAGAGCUCGGAGCAGUGCGGGAAGAUCCGCGCGCCGCAGGGCCCAUUCCGGGAUUGCCUGGGCACCGUCGAUCCCACUCCCUACCUUGACGACUGUACGUACGACUCGUGCCUGUACAAGGGACACCACACCAUCCUGUGCGAGUCCCUGGCAUCAUACGCGGCAGCCUGCCAGGACACUGGGGCACACAUCGCCCCCUGGAGGAACCAGACCUUCUGUCCGAUGCCGUGCCCACCGCACAGUCAUUAUGAACCGUGUGGCACCGCCUGCCCGUUGACGUGUUGCACCCUCACGGAUUCGGACAGCUGCAAUGCCACGUGUGCCGAGGGGUGCCAAUGUGACGAUGGCUUUGUCCUGAGCGGGGAGGACUGCGUGCCGCUCGGUGAGUGCGGUUGCCUCCACAGGGGCAUUUACUAUCGUCUGGAUGAGGUCUUCUACCCGAGCGGGCAGUGUGGCGAACGCUGUCGGUGCCAGGAAGGGGGCUCUGUGGCGUGCGAGGAGAUCAGGUGCGGCAGCGGCGAGGUGUGCAAGGUGGUGGAGGGCGUCAGGGGCUGCCAUGCCCUCACCCCGGGCUCCUGCACCAUCUCCGGUGACCUGCACCACUACACCUUCGAUGGAAUGCACUUCAACUACCAAGGGAGCUGCACCUACCUCCUGGCGAAGGUGUGCCAACCGGAGCAGGCUCUGCCCAACUUCAACGUCACGGUGACCUACCAGAGUCUGGCUGACGGCGCACAGCCCGUGACCCGCUUUCUGGAGCUCCAGGUCUACGGCUACGCCCUUACCCUGGAGAGAGGCGUGCCCUGGAAGGUUCAG